UUUCAGCUCAGAUUCUAUCACGCUCAUUCUUUUUCAGGUUUGCACGGGUCCACCAAAGGAUUGGAGAUUCCUUGUUGAACUUUAGACCUAUCAUCAUUUGCAAAUUGUAUUAUUAUCUUAUAUAAAGUCGGCAAGGGAAUCCUCCAAUUCAGUAUCACUUGUUUAGUGAACAGUAUACUGGUGCGAAUUUCUGCAACUAUCAGUUAGUUUCAGUUUGAACAGACUUCUUAAGUGAAAAUUUUCGUGAAAAACAGGAAUAAUACAUUCUGAUUCGGUAUGGCACCACAUAUGGAAACGACGACAGUAACAGAGGUUCUGACUGAGACCACCACAACAGAGCCUAAGCAUCCAGUUCAAGAGAAAAGAACCUAUGAACUGGUUUGGAGGAACAUAAUAGUUUUCGUCUUUCUGCAUACCGUCGCACUUGUUGGAGUUUAUCUAGCAUUUACAUCUGCCUCAAUUUACACCACAAUAUUAGCAUUCAUUUUGUAUCCUGCUGGUGGAUUCGGCAUAACUGCUGGUGCGCACAGGCUAUGGGCGCACAGAGCCUACAAGGCAAAAUGGCCUUUAAGACUCCUACUGACCAUAUGCAACACUUUAGCAUUCCAAGAUGCAGUGAUCGAUUGGGCAAGAGACCACAGGGUUCAUCAUAAGUACAGUGAGACACACGCAGACCCGCACAAUGCAGUCAACGGCUUCUUCUUCUCUCACGUAGGCUGGUUGCUCUGCAAAAAGCACCCGGAAGUCAAGAAGAAGGGAUCGAAAAUCGACCUGUCCGAUCUAUACGCCGACCCCAUCCUGGCUUUCCAGAAGAAAUACUACAUGAUCCUGAUGCCUUUGGUCUCUUUCAUCUUGCCCACUGCCGCCCCCAUGUACUUCUGGGGUGAAACCUUCACUAACGCCUACUGUUUGAACAUCAUGAGGUACUGCAUCACUCUCAACGCCACCUGGUUGGUUAAUUCUGCAGCGCAUAUGAUCGGAUGGAGGCCAUACGACAAGAAUAUCAGCCCCUCUGAAAAUAAGUUUGUAUCCUUGUUUGCUCUUGGAGAAGGUUUCCACAAUUACCACCACACCUUCCCAUGGGACUACAAGACAGCUGAAUUAGGAAAAUACAGUCUCAACUUUUCAACUGCUCUCAUUGACCUUAUGGCUAAAAUUGGCUGGGCCUACGACCUAAAGACUGUUUCUGAAGAUAUGAUCAAGAAACGUGUGACUAGAACUGGAGAUGGUAGUCAUGAAGUUUGGGGCUGGGGUGACAAAGACCAACCCAAAGAAGAUUAUAAUGAAGCAAUAAUCAGGUACAGAAAAAUGUCCAGCUCAUAGGGAAAACUCCUUUGAACACCCCAAAGUUAUGUAAACUUUAAUGGAUCAUAAGUUCUAAUGAAUUCAUUAUUCUCAAAGAAAUUAUUGUUAUAAGGGAGAUAACACUUAAAACCUGUGAUUCUUUUAAUGUACAUUCUAUUUAAUUUAUUACUUGGUCCGAAGCCAUAUAAACAAUGUAUUGACAAUUGUUCAUGUCCAAAAUUAUUGUUGAUAAUAUAUUUUCGAACCUGAAUUUAGUGAAAGAAAUAUAUAUAUUUAUAGAACGUCAUUUAUUCACCAAAGAUCAUUUAUAUUUGGAAAAUUCACAUUAAAUUUAUACAUGGUGAAGAAAUAUAAAUCUCAUUUCAAACUAAAAAUGACAUUUUAACUUGGUGAAAUAUUUUUUGCUCCAAUGUUAUAAAAUUCAACUCUCUUUGACAAUUUCAUUGGUGUUGGUCUUGUAUUCAAUUAUAUUAUUUUCCUAGUAAAUCAUGAGACUGUAAUUUUUGUACAUUUUAACAUUUAAUUUAAGUUUUUGGCUGUUGAUUUGUAAUUAGUUCUGAAGUAGUGUUCGCAACUGUUUGGUGAAGAUUUCUUCAGCUAUAGUUAAUUUGAUAGAAGCAAAUGAGCACAGGCAGAAAUGCUUUAGUUUUCAAUUGGUAGGUUUAGUUAUUUAUAAUGGUAGAAUAAGAAAUACCAAUUUAGUUCAUUUUUAUAUUUUCGUUUCGAAAAGCUUUAUCACUUGUUGAAAUAAACUUUGAAAAUAAAAACAGUGUAUAUAAAUAUU